AUGGCGGACGAGGCGGGCGAAGGGCUGCCGCGCUCCGUGUUGCCGGGCCCUCUGAGGGGAGGGAGCGGAGGAGGAGGAGGAGGAGGAGGAGGGGGAAGCUCGGUCUCGUCGGCUCCUUCCUCCUCGGCUGCUCCUCCUGCCUCUGCUCCUCCCGUGGGCCUGCCUGGGCCUCCUCCUCCUGCUCCUCCUGCGGGGCCUCGCGUGGUGCGGAUCGUGAAGUCGGAGUCUGGCUACGGGUUCAACGUGCGCGGGCAGGUCAGCGAGGGCGGGCAGCUGCGCAGCAUCCACGGAGAGCUCUACGCGCCCCUCCAGCACGUCAGCGCCGUCCUGGGAGGAGGCGCCGCAGAGAGGGCCGGAGUCCGCAAGGGGGACCGCAUCCUCGAGGUGAACGGGGUGAACGUCGAGGGGGCCACGCACAAACAGGUGGUGGACCUGAUCCGGGCGGGAGAGAAGGAACUGGUCCUGACGGUGUUGUCGGUGCCGCCGCACGAGGCCGACAACCUCGACCCCAGCGACGACUCUCUGGGCCAGUCCUUCUACGACUACACCGAGAAGCAGGCGGUGCCCAUCUCCAUCCCCACCUACAAGCAUGUGGAACAGAAUGGUGAGAAGUUUGUGGUCUAUAACGUUUAUAUGGCGGGGAGGCAGCUUUGCUCCAAGCGGUACCGGGAAUUUGCCAUCUUGCACCAGAACCUGAAGCGGGAGUUUGCCAACUUCACCUUUCCCCGCUUGCCGGGCAAGUGGCCCUUCUCCCUCUCCGAACAGCAGCUGGAUGCCCGGCGGAGGGGCCUGGAGGAAUACCUCGAGAAAGUGUGCUCCAUCCGGGUCAUUGGGGAGAGCGACAUCAUGCAGGAGUUCUUGUCAGAGUCGGAUGAGAACUACAACGGGGUGUCGGACGUGGAGCUCCGAGUGGCCCUCCCAGACAUCACGACGGUCACUGUCCGGGUCAAGAAGAACAGCACCACCGACCAGGUGUAUCAGGCUGUCGCCGCCAAAGUGGGGAUGGACAGCACGACUGCCAACUACUUUGCCUUGUUCGAAGUGAUAAAUCACUCUUUUGUGCGGAAGCUGGCUCCCAACGAGUUCCCCCACAAGCUCUAUGUGCAGAACUACACCUCGGCCGUCCCCGGGACCUGCCUGACCAUCCGGAAAUGGCUCUUCACCACGGAAGAGGAAAUCCUCCUGAACGACAAUGACCUAGCAGUCACCUAUUUCUUCCACCAGGCUGUCGAUGACGUGAAGAAGGGCUACAUCAAGGCUGAGGAGAAGUCCUACCAGUUGCAGAAACUCUGCGAGCAACGGAAGAUGGUCAUGUACCUGAACAUGUUGCGGACCUGCGAGGGCUACAACGAGAUCAUCUUCCCGCACUGCUCCUGCGACUCCCGCCGCAAGGGCCACGUGAUCACAGCCAUCAGUAUCAAGCACUUUAAGCUCCACGCCUGCACCGAGGAGGGCCAGCUGGAGAACCAGGUCAUAGCCUUUGAAUGGGACGAGAUGCAGCGGUGGGACACAGACGAGGAGGGCAUGGCCUUCUGCUUCGAGUACGCCCGAGGGGAGAAGAAGCCGCGAUGGGUGAAGAUCUUCACUCCUUACUUUAACUACAUGCACGAGUGUUUCGAGCGGGUUUUCUGCGAGCUUAAGUGGCGGAAAGAGGUGGAAGAAGAAGCGACAGACAAAGACAACAAGAAUUGCAGUAAAGACAAUAUGUGCAGCAAGGUAACAAACAGCGGGUGGGACGAUAAUGCUUUUCUUCGAUUGCAGAACAUCUUUCAGGUGAUGCGGACACAGCACAGAGACAUUACGACUUAGCCUUGAGCCGCCUUGGACAAAACCGUAUUAUCCCCCCCCCCCCCCCCCCCCCCCCCCCCCCCCCCCCGCGGUCCUUCCUCUUAAAAAAUUUAACACUUUUAAAAAACGCAAGAAAAAAAAUGAGAGGGAAACAUGAUUUAUUGUACUCAUGCCCUUAAAACUAAAUAUUAAUACCAUUUGUGAAUUUCAUGUUUAAGCAACUUUGGGGAACCCACGAAGCCGCUGGAAAUAUGGGAGCGGGGAGUUCAGAGAAAAACUAAAAAAACAUGGCUUCUUAUCGUUUUUUCCCCCUCUUCCCCUUCCUGGAGUCGUGUUGUGAAAAGAUGGACGAUGCCGAGGGAUUGUUCUUUCCUUUCUCUUAAUUUGGAUUGUUUUUGUUUUGUUUUUUUUCUACAACUGGAUAUAGAUAUGUACAUCCAUUUGCACUGUUUGGACAUAUAUAUGUAUGUAUGUAAAGAAAAUUAUAUAUACAAACUAUCACGCACGUAUAUACAUAUAUAUAAUUUUCAUAUCGGCGGGCGUUACCCUUGGAGCGCACAGAAGGGGGUCUCCUUCCGCCUGGGUUUGUUGUGCUGUUGUUGUUGUUGUAUUAUUAAUUUUUUUUUGUAGAAAAAUCUAGAAGAAGGAAGCAAAGAAAAAGAGAGAGAAAAGGAAACGCCUCUCCUAGUCUAUAGGGAUUUGAACCGAAACACACAUGUUGGUCGCCAUCGGUUUUGGACACUUGAAACGAAGUUUUGUUUUGACGAGAGUCUUUCGGAAGUUGGGGAAAAGUCUUGGAAUAUCGGCACUUUCGGGGUUUCAUCUCAGUGGAAAUGCCCAUGUUUGAAUGUAUACAGUCGCGGGAACUUAAAUCGAUGUUUUCUUAUUUUUUUUUUCAAAGUGCAAAAUUUAAUUUCAGCUCUGGCCAUUUCCUACCUUCACCGUCGAGAUAUCAUUAAGAGUUUUUUGGUCUUACAUUUAUACCUUUCAGGUUCGGCGUUUGGUUUGUUUGGGCGGGAGGGAGGGGUGGGAUUACGAUUGGAAAACCUGUGGACACCCGGGACAAAAUUGUCACCAAACAUAGCCGUGGUCAGCAAAUCAAGGUGGAAAAUGAGACCUCGGAGGGGACGUCGUUCUCCACCAUUUAUUGCCACGACAUCCUCUGGUUUCUUUUGGUGGACUAAUAAAUGCAACCUUCUCAGUGUUGA